UCAGUUGCUGUUUUAACCUGGAGACAGACGGACGCGGCCGUCGCAAAAGCAGCAAGAGAAAAGACAACUCAUACACACAAUCGAGCACUCACUCACACUCGUACAGCUUUUAGUCCAAAACUAGAAAGAAAACAAAAUCAACAGUUAAAAAAAAUAUAUAAAGACACACACAAAGUGGUAGAAGAAGCAGCCGUAGCAAAGAAGGCGAAAAAGUGACUUGUUUUUUGUUUGCAUGUAUUGCGCAGACGUCGACGUUGACGUUGACGCUGGCGUCAGCGUCGCUGCCCGUUUUGUACGUGUUGGUAUUAAGAUCGGUGGCGUCGUGUGUGGAAAGGCAAAACGGACAACGCACACACACUUACACAAAUACUAAAAUACGCUAGCAAAACUAACUGCUAGUCAAUGUGACUAGCAAAAGAAACAGGCGAAGUACGCAGAAGAAGGGCUUACAUACAUGCAUACGUACAUGCGUACAUACUAAUACAUACCAAUACAUCAGUGCAUGUGUGCUUACGUACAAAAUUGUUUGUCAGCAUGUGUGUGAAAAAGAAAGUGCAAUAAUAAUAAAAAAAAAAAAUAAAAAAAAGAGUGGUGAAAAGCGUACAACAACAAUAAAAACAACAAGUGCAAUGUAAAGCUAAAAAAGAAGAAGAAAACCAAAUAAAUAAAAUAAAAUAAUAAAAAAAAGUUCAAGCAAAAGGAUCAACCUGUUGCUUAAGUCAACGAAUAACUGUGCACAAAAGCUUUAAGCGCUAGCAUUUCCCAUUGGCUGCUCCAUAUCCAAUGGGUAUCUGAGCAGAGAAUGCAGUGCCAUCAACUACGCAGCGACAGCAAUUGCAACUGAUAGCAAAUAGCAGAAAGCCAACUCAAGUUCAGACUCGGAGCGAGCCACCUCACAGAUACCCUUUAAUUGCGAGAGAUCAAAGACAGAGAUAAUCUCAUCAACAACAACAAUAACAGCAACCACAACAACAACAAUUGCUUCAAUAGAAACAACAACAACAACAGCAACAUGCAGGUGCCCGAGCACGUUGUCUCCCUCUACAUAGCCACAUGCGGCCAAAACGGACCCGGCCUUGGCUCGGAUGAAAAGGAAAUUAUACUGAUGGUCUAUGUGCUGCUCGAAGUGGCAACGGGACAGAUCAUUGGCACCAAACAAAUACUCGUACGCCCUGAUGGUUACUUCAUUAAGGAUCGCACCAUAUCUAGCUCAUCGGACAACUCGAAUGCUACAAACAACACAGCCUGCUCGCCGCCACUAGCCAUAGGCUAUGCCGGCGACAAUAGCUCAAAUAACAACAGCAACAACAUCAAUGCAACAAACAACAUCACAAAUGCAAGCGGCAGCAGCGGGAGCAGCGCCACGAAUGGCAUCUGCCUCAGCACCCUGGAGAACAGCAACGAGCUCAUAUUGCCCAUCGCGGAGGCUCAGUCAGCUGGGAAGCCCCUAGCCGAAGCGAUCGAAGAGUUCGAUGGUUAUCUACGCUCCUUAUCGCUGCACGACACAGAGAUCAAGCUGAUCACCGACGGGCAGCUGCCGUUGCGUCAAUGUCUGCAUCGGGAGGCCUGCGCCAAGGAUGUGGAGCUGCCUGCCUAUUACAACAGAUUCAGUGAUCUGCGCAAAGAGUUCCAGCGCUACAAGUCGGGCGAUCUAUCGCGUGCCCUCGUUCCACUCAAGGACAUCAAGAAGAUGCUGCAGUCACCUGUGCUGCCCAUGCCGCAGUCCAUUGGCGAAAUGCUUAAAGAGCUGAAUGCAACACCUGUGGAAGAUAAUGAUUUCUAUAUACGCGAAUCUCGCGAUAUGGUCACUGUGAUUCAAUCAUUGCUUCAGGCGGGUCAUAAGUUCGAUACUAAUGAAGUCGUUAAUCUUGUGCUGGAGCCUGGAAUUUGCUCAAUUGACGACGAGGUGGACGGCAAUUGCAUCGUGCGUGCUCGUGGUUUGCCCUGGCAGAGCAGCGAUCAGGACAUAGCCAAGUUCUUUCGCGGACUCAACGUAGCCAAAGGCGGCGUUGCAUUGUGCCUUUCGCCGCUGGGCCGGCGCAACGGAGAGGCUUUGAUUCGCUUCGUUUCUCAGGAGCACCGCGACAUGGCUCUGAAGCGGCAUAAGCAUCACAUCGGCUCGCGCUACAUUGAGGUGUACCGCGCAUCGGGCGAGGACUUUCUGGCCAUAGCCGGCGGCGCCUCGAACGAGGCGCAGGCGUUCCUCUCCAAGGGCGCACAGGUGAUAAUACGCAUGCGCGGACUGCCCUACGACUGUACGCCAAAGCAAGUGCUGGAGUUCUUCACCACCGGCGAGUCGCCCUGUCACGUGCUGGACGGCAACGAGGGCGUGCUCUUUGUGAAGAAGCCCGACGGACGGGCCACGGGCGAUGCCUUUGUGCUGUUUGCCAACGAAAGCGAUUCGCCGAAGGCGCUGGGACGCCAUCGCGAGUCAAUCGGGCAGCGGUACAUCGAGCUAUUCCGCUCGACGACGGCGGAGGUGCAGCAGGUGCUGAAUCGAUCGAUGGACCCGAAGACCUACGAGUCGAACAACCACGGCCAGCCGCCGUUGAUAGCACAGUUGCCCACCAUGCAGUUGCCGUUGCUGCCGCAGGUGGGUGCCGCUGCUGGCCACGCCCUCAACCCGCUGACAGCUAACGCUAGCCACGCUAACCUGUGCCCCCCACUUACCCAUGCCCCACAGCAUCUCAUCACCUCGGGCACCACCAAGAACUGCAUUCGACUGCGCGGCCUGCCCUACGAGGCGAUGGUGGAGCACAUUCUGCACUUUCUGGACGACUUUGCCAAGCACAUCAUCUACCAGGGCGUGCACAUGGUCAUCAAUGCGCAGGGCCAGCCCAGUGGCGAGGCCUUCAUCCAAAUGGACUCGGAGGACUCGGCGCGUCUCUGCGCUCAGCGGAAGCACAAUCAGUUCAUGGUCUUUGGCAAGAAGUUCCGGUAUAUCGAGGUGUUCCAGUGCUCCGGCGAUGAUAUGAACCAUGUGCUGAAUGGCGGCUUGGCCUCGCCAGUGGCGCCGCCACCUCAUCCCAGCCACGCCCAAUUGGCCGCUGCUGCUGCUGCUGCCGCCGCCGCCGCCGCCGCUGCAGGCAAACAACCUUCGCUGCUCUCUCCGGGUACCACUGUGCUGGGCGCGCAUUUCGGUGCUCACUUUCCGGCUUAUGGUGCACCCCAACCGCCGCAUCACUCUCCGCUGCUGGCCACGCCCCGCGCGCACCACGCCCAUGCCCAUGCCCACGCCCAUGCGCAUGCCCAUCACCACCAUCACCAUCAUCAUGCCUCCGCAUUCUAUCCGCCUCCCCUCGUCUACUGGCCGUAUCCCAGUCCACCCGUAUCGCCCACCACUUACUACAGCCAGCCAGGGGCGCAUUCUCCCUCACAGCAUCAGGCUAUGUAUCCAAUGGAUUUUUUCCCACCCUCGCCGCUCUCACCGCCCAAUGCCGGCAUCAUACUCACGCCCAACAAGAAUGCCGUGCCAUUUGUGCCACUAAAGCAACCAUCCAACAACAACAACAAUAACAACAACAAUAGCAGCAACAAUAACAACAAAUUAACAGCCGCGCCAACUGUUCAUACCGCCAGUGUAUCGCAUCAAUCGACACCAGCGCCAAUUGUGAAUGGAGGCGAAGUAGUUGCCGCUGUCGCGCCGGCUCAGUCUAUGAGAGCGAAUUCAACACCGCCGCCGUUGCUUAGCCCGGACACGAACCACACGGCGAGUGUGCCAACGCCCGCAUUGAAAGCCGGCAGCCCAAAUGCUACAGUGAACGCCUCUCCCAUUGUGAGCAACUCCUGCGUGGAGCUCUAUAUAACGUAGAUACUCUUGCUGCCCUAAACACGCUCUCUCUUUAUUUCUUACACUCUCUCGCUCUCACUCUCACUCUCACUCUCAUUCUCAGUCGCUAUCGAGAAUGAGAAUUUGUCUUGCCAAUCGAAGAAACUUGUUUGUAGUCUAGUUUAAAACCUGCUGUAGAUAAGUCGCGAACCACUAGCGAAUUGCGGCACCAGCACUUAACGAAAGGAAUCUCGCCCUAUUCAAAAACCACAAAUCAAUAGGAAAAGAAAAAUAAAAAAUGAAAUUGAGGAGAGAAAUUCAUGAAUUUUUAAAAUAGAAUUGGUUUUAAUUAAUGCUUUAAGUAGACGCCCAGUGCAAAUUGAAAAAUUUAUUUAUUAUUGAAAUGCUGCAUUAAAUAUAUUUAAUACACACAGAUAUAUAUUCCAAAUAUACAUAUUAGCGAAUUAGAAAAAGAAAGCAAAAACAAAACAAAUACUACAAAUUUAUCCCUAGUCAAUAGUCAAAUUAUUUAUAUAAAUAUAUAUUUUUUGCAAUUAUCUAAUUUUAAUUGCGUGUUAUGUCAAAAAAAAAAGA